AUGGAAAGCGUGCCGCAGCAAUUGACAAACAGCGAUUUCUUUCAAAAUGAAAAUUCCAAAUCGGCUACCGAAAAAACGGAAUACGACGCUGGCGAAGAAAUAACUGAAGAAGACUUUAUCGACUGGGCAAAAGAAGAGCAUGAUUAUGAACAUGGAUACUUUGUGUGCAAGUGGGUAAAGGAUAGAUCGGCUGUUGUUGAUCAUAAGAAUGUUCCGGAAGAUCUUAUUUGUAACGAAGAGCAUUCCCUGAUGUCUGCGUUCGUGGAACACAGCAAAUCACAUUUGGAAAGAGAUGCAACUGAAACGAACAAUUGCUCCUGGGCCGGAUGCUCUCGCUUCAAAAGCGGCUUCGGCGCCGGCUACAAGCUCGUCAAUCAUUACAGAACGCACACUGGCGAGCGGCCCUUUCGCUGCGAAAUCGGCGACUGUAGAAAGCGAUUUGCGCGCGUUGAGAACAUGCGAAUUCACACGCGCAUCCACACGGGCGACAAACCGUUCUUGUGCAAAUACAACGGUUGUGGCAAGCGCUUCACGAACUCGUCCGAUAGAAAGAAGCACGCUCAUGCGCAUAAUAUCGGCACCUUUCACUGUCCUGUAGAGAACUGCCAGAAAGUCUACGUCCAUCCAUCUUCUUAUCGGAAACAUAUAAACUCGGAGCAUUACGAGCGUCGCCACGAGUUCAAUUUCGAAGUCUCCAACGCCUUCAAAUCAACGGAAGAAAAGAUCAAAAAGGAGCCGCUAGACGAAUCUGUAAACGAUAGCAGAACAAGCAUCGGAUCAGGCUGCUCAACGCCAGAUACAAAUUCAAUGAAACGACCCUAUUCAAGUAGCUCUCGAUCGAAUUCGCCAGAUGAAAAGCGAGCAAAAUCAAAUUUACAAAGCGACAUUGUCGAAGAGUACUUGAAACAAAUUAGCGCCUUUCAACUUCAAAAAUUGAGAGAAAUUUCAUUAUCGCUCAAUGCUAACCCUUACCAGUGUGGUAUUUGUAUAAAACGAUUUCCAGCUAAAGGACAAUUAGUAGAUCACUACGAAAUAGAACAUUGUUAUCCAGAGUACAAUUGCAUGAAAUGCAGUGCAACCUUCAAGGACGAAAGCGCCCUCCUUCUUCACGCAGUUUCCUGCGCCGGCAGAAGUUUCGACAUGUGCGCCCAUUGUCCUCAAAUUUUUCCACCAGACAAACCUCUUGAAAAAUUCCUUCACAUAAGAAGUCACCUUACCUCCUAG